GUUUCUUUUAUUGGGAAUAUCAAGACGACAAUUAUAGGAUUAGGGUCUGCCGUGUAUCCUCGUCAGCCAAAAGAUUUUGAUUGAGGGAGAGAAAUAGUGUGUGUUCUAGAGAGAUAGACGGGUUCUUUUUUAUAUAUACACCAUUGCUGUUCUAGCCUUCAUCGGAUAUCUUUUUCUCUCCCUGACCUUUUAUAUUACUGUUUUUGGGGAGUUCAGGUGAAGAAGGAGAGGUACUGAAAGAUCGGAGGUUGAGGAAGAAUGGAAGGUGGGGUUGAUAGCAAAUUGCUUGAAAUUUGUGGAAGAGAGAUGUCUGUCGCGGAGCUUGGAUCUGGGAAAUAUGGGUGCACACAUUACAGAAGGAGAUGCAAGAUUCGGGCUCCUUGUUGUGAUGAAAUCUUUGAUUGUAGGCACUGCCAUAAUGAAGCCAAGAACUUACUGGAAACUGAUCUUCAUGAUCGCCACGAUAUUCCAAGGCAUGAAGUUAAAAAGGUCAUUUGUUCUCUUUGUGACACAGAACAAGACGUCCAACAGAAUUGCAUUGCCUGUGGCGUUUGCAUGGGGGAAUACUUUUGCGAGAAAUGCAAGUUCUUCGAUGAUGAUGUUUCUAAGAAUCAAUAUCAUUGUGAAGAAUGUGGAAUCUGCAGAACCGGAGGGAAGGAGAAUUUCUUUCACUGCAACAAAUGUGGAUGUUGCUAUUCAAAUAUGAUGAAGGAUACACACCGAUGUGUGGAAAGGGCAAUGCACCACAAUUGCCCUGUUUGCUUCGAGUUCCUUUUUGAUACAACAAAAGAUAUUACUGUCUUACAAUGUGGACACACUAUACAUUGGGAGUGUGUGAAGGAGAUGCAACAGCAUUUUUGCUACUCAUGCCCUAUUUGCUCAAAAUCCAUUUGUGAUAUGUCCAGUUUGUGGGAAAAAAUUGACCGAGAGGUUGCUUCAACUCCUAUGCCUGAAAUGUACCGAACGAAGAUGGUGUGGAUCCUCUGCAAUGAUUGUGGGGCACAAUCUGAAGUUCAAUUUCAUAUUGUGGCUCAUAAAUGCCUGAGCUGCAAGUCCUACAACACCAGACAGAUACAAGGAGGUCCAGCCUCUUCAUGCUCAUCAGGGAUUGCUGGGAUGGUGAGAUGACUCCUGAUUGAGCACAAGUUGUUCUCAACGGAACUUACAAUUCUGUUUCUCCCAUUGCCAUGUCAAACACAUAGGCCGGAAGGAAAGGCAAGAGAGAAAUUUCUUGUUUCCUUGAUUGUUCUGUCAAUAUUGUCUCUGUAAAUUGCCUUAACUUGCUAGUUGUUAAUCCUUACCUUACCAGUUUUUAAUCCUUGUUACUGUGCUAUGAUAAGAGGCGAAACUUUCAUAUAUAUAUAUAUAUAGUGCAAAUCUGUACACAGACUCCAUCAUCAAGGAGUAUGGCAAAGAAAAUUUUGUAGUGUUCAAUAGAGAAACGCAUAAGGAAGUAAGUAUUUGAAAUUA